UCAUUUCGCCCGACGAGUUCGACGAGUGUUGCGUGGCUCCGCGGUGAUAUAUAUAUGUAUACAUAGUUUUUUCUCCGCUCCCCGUUCGACGCUACAGUGCUAUACGUAUCGCCGCGUUACUCUCCGCCGUGCGCACUCGCUCCGAACAGUCGUUUCGGCAGGCGGAAUCGUCGCAAGUGUCUAUUUUUUUUUUGUUUUUGUUUCCAUCAUAAAAUAAAUUUACUCGGCGUCGAGUGAGAACAGUGCAAAAACGUUUUACGUCGGACGGACUUGGUGAACAGGACGAUAUCGAUAAUAAUUCUUACUACGUCAUCAGUGAUAUUUUGAUUGAUUUGAACUUUUAAGAGAAUGUUCUUCAUCAAAGAACCAAUGUUUUCGUGACAUUCAUUUCAAAGUAAUAAUGCAAUAUUAUUCGUCUGUUUCACAACCUGUGAUAAAUCAAUCAGAAAUUACACUUGCGUGACGUUUAAGAUAAUUUCUGUUGGCUAUCAAAAGCCGUUCAGAUUAUCAUUAAACGGUAAAAAACAAUUUCUUAAUACAAUGGAGCGAGAAUCCAAUUCCAUGCAGGCUUUGUGUCGUGGUGGAUGUGGCUUCUAUGGUAACCCAUCUACAGAUGGUCUUUGCUCUUUGUGCUAUAAAGAAGCACUGAAAAAGAAACAAACACCACCACAAACCGCUCCAUCGCCACCUUCAGUCUCCGCUCAGAAUAUGAUGGAGACUGCUAUACCUACCAUACCAGUGCUGCAGAUUCCACCUGUAUCAGCCUCACCAAUUUUGCCCACAGACUCAAAAAAAGAUAUGGACAAUGGUUUGGCAUGCAGUUCUAAUGACAGCAGUCUUAUGGACGAUGGUAAAAAAGAUGACGACGAUGAUAAAGACAAGUCUAAAAAGAAAAACCGAUGUGCCAUGUGCCGCAAAAAAGUCGGUCUUACAGGUUUUGAAUGCCGUUGUGGUGGCUUGUUUUGCGGCAUCCAUAGAUACUCUGACAAGCACAAUUGUUCAUUUGACUACAGGGAGCUAGGAGCACAAGAAAUCAGGCGCAAUAAUCCAGUAGUUGUUGGAGAAAAAAUUCAGAAGAUUUAAUACAUAAAUAAUGAUUGAAUUUAAACUUAAGCGCAUGAAAAUAAUGAAUGUACCAAUAUAAUACAAUA